AUGUUCUCCCGCGCCGCCGUCCGAGCCAGUCGUCAGGCCUUUGCCCGUCGAACCUACUCGACCGCCUCGAGCCAUGCUUCGCCUACUCCCCAAUCAUCGGAUGCGAUCUGGAUGGUGAGUUGCUCCGCCAGCUGCAGGUCAACUUCAUCGUCGUGAAUGCCCGCCCCGCCGCGGCAGCUGGCUCGAGCUGGCUGGCCUUCGCCUCUGGCGUCAUUCCUCGAUUUCGCCCUCGCCCAGAGCCGGAUCAGCCCCUCGCAGCUUCCAUCAACCGCCGCUUAGCUCGAUCCAUGGCCCAAUCGCUUCAAUUACAAGGCUUGUCCGAUGAUGUGGAGGUAUCGCGGUGCUCGACUCGGAGCAUCCCAGCGUAGCAACAAGAGCUCCUGCUCUCGAACAAACGAUUCGGCUUCACGUCGCAUCGCGCGCGGAAUCGGCUUCUUCGCUUCGAGCCUCGACCCCAAUCGGGACCCGCCUCACCCUGUUCUUCAAAGCUUUACCAAUGCCGGAUGAUGCAUCACCGUACAGAGGAGCUCGAUACGACGUGUCAGAAGCUCUAGUGUGCUGACUCCGCACCACCCCCUCCUGCGAGUUAGAUCGGAUCGGCUGCCGUCUUUGUCCCCACCAUCUUGUAGGUCAAUGAAGUGACGUAUAUAGACUUGUAAACACAUUGAACCGAUCACUGACAGAGUUCACGCUCCCACCCUCUAUCGCAGCUACCUCACCCGCCCCCCUGCCGUAGCGGCUCACCACGCCCACACCGACAAGGAUGAUCACGUCUCGCCGUCUCGCAAGGAAUUCGGCUCGUCUCCUGCGCCCAAAGCAUCCGAACCCGAGAAGGAGGAAGAGAACCCCGAGCCUGAACCCGCAUCCGAGUCCGAGGCCGAGCCCGAGCCCGAGUCCAAGAGCUCGACCAGCGACGCGGACAAGCCUUCGAGCGAUGCCGAGCGAGACGUCAAGACCACCGCCGAAGCCGCGACCGCCAACGCCGCCGAAAAGGGCCACAGUUCGGCCCACGAGAUGAAAACGCACAAGUCUUCAGGACCCAAGGACGUGCAUGAGGCGGCCAAGACGGCGCAGCAGAGCUUCACAAAGGAGAAGGAGGAAGGGGAGGAGGAGGAGAAGUAA